UUACUGUAUGGAAAUAUGGGGGGGGAACAGAUUAGGGCUGAUAAAUUGUAUUGGCCAGUCUUUGGGUCACUUGAGGAUUGGGUAUGUCAAGCCCUGAAUAUAUAUGUGAACCAGAAAGAACCUUUUAGUUUAGAAGAAAGUGAAUAUGCCAGCCUCUGGAUAAUAUCCUCGGCUAGGAAUCAUAUUUUUGCCUUAACCGAAAAGAAAAAGACGAAGGGACCCCCACGCGAACAGUGGGACCCAACUAACCAACCCUCCCCACCCCCGUAUGUCCCGGCUACAAAUCCCCCGCCAUCCCCGAAUCCAUCACCCCCUCCAUCCCCACCCCGAAUAUAUCCUCAAUUACCCACUCACCCGACCCCUUCUGCCCCGGCAGAAACAGAGGGGAUGAAAACCUGGAGUAGGACUCAGAGAGACCAGGAAGCGACACAGUUAUUGCCCCUAAGAGAAGUUGCCAUGGGGGGAAAUCAGGGUGGAGUGGGAUUUGUAUCGGUACCCAUAAAUUCUGGGGACGUCCGAGAAUUUAAGAAAGAAAUGGGAAGUUUACUCCAGGACCCUUUAGGGGUCUCCGAAAGACUAGAUCAAUUUUUGGGCCCUAGUGUUUACACCUGGGAUGAAAUUCAGGCUAUCUUAAGGAUACUCUUCACAUCUGAGGAAAGGGAUAUGAUUAGGAGAUCAGGGAUGAGACACUGGGACCAAAAACAUCAGCAUGGACCCCAGGGAGAUGUGAAAUGGCCCCUACAGAGACCAAAUUGGGACCAUCAAGUUGCAGGAGAUAGACAGAAUAUGAGUGAUUUAAGAGACAUAAUAAUUCAGGGAAUACGAGAAGUGGUUCCCAGAGGUCAAAAUAUAAAUAAGGCCUUUAAUGAGUAUCAGAAAAAGGAUGAAACGCCGACUGACUGGUUAGAAAGAUUAAGGAAAAGCUUGCAAUUGUAUUCGGGAAUUGACCCUGAUACAGCCGUGGGUCAAGCCCUGCUGAAAACACAGUUUGUGGCUAAAUCGUGGGUGGACAUAAGGAAGAAAUUAGAGAAGUUGGAAGACUGGCAGGACAGAGGGUUGGACGAGUUGUUGAGAGAGGCUCAGAAGGUGUAUGUACGCAGAGAUGAGGAAAGCCAACUAGACCAGAAAAUAAAGAAGCAGGAAUUGAAUGUUAUUAUUGUGGGAAAAGAGGGCACUUGAAGCGGAAUUGUAGAAAGAAACAACAGGAUGAGCAGAUGUUUAAAAAUGAAUAGGGGGGUCAGAGGCUCUACUUACUGGGGACUAAAACAUCUACGGAGCCCCGAGUAAAAUUGAAAUUAGGUCCCCAAAAGGAGGAGGUAGAAUUUUUAGUAGAUACAGGAGCCGAGAGAUCCACCGUUCAAAAACUACCCUCCGGUUGCACCCUUACUAAAAACACCAUAAAUAUUGUAGGUGCAAAGGGAGAACCGUUUAAAGUAUAUGAAACUCAGGCUAUUGAAAUAGAGGCUCCUCAAAAAUUUUGCGUGGGUAAAUUUCUGAUGGUGCCUGAAGCGGAAUAUAAUCUUUUGGGAAGGGAUUUAAUUGUUAGUUUAGGGAUUAAUUUAUCGUUGGAGAAUGAUAAUCUUGUGGUGAAGU